UCAACUCGCGGAUGCAAUUGCUGGACCUCGACGUUUCAUUUUGCCUGCGAAACUGAGCUUGCUUUCCCCCACGCAGAACCCAGUUUCCGAGAUCUUGCCAUCGCCAUUUUCGAGCACUGAGUAGACGCUUUAACGAACUGGGUUUUUCUUGUUUGGGUCAAAUCCAGAAUCCCUUAACGCCAUUUUCGUUUCUGAUUCUGAUUCCCACAACAAUUCUUUUAUUUUUUUCUCUCGGAAUAAAUGGGUUCCGAUCCCUUCCUUUUGCCUGAGAUUGGUCCUGAUGGGCUUGCCAGGGAAGCUCCUGUAAUUGCCUACACUGAAAAGAUAAUCGAGGAAGGGCGUCUUCAAUUGAGAAAAUACAUUGAUGAGAAUUAUUCUAAGAUUCGAGAUGUUGAACGAGAGUUGGCAGAGCUUACAAUGGAGAUGAAACUCACAUCUGGUCCAAAAAAAGCAGCCCUCGAACAUCUGCGGAAGAAAAUAGAGAUGUCAACGGAAAGAAUACAUGCAGCCAAGUUGAAGGAAGAACAAGCAAAGAAGGCUUGGGAAGCAGCGUCGAAGGUCGUGCAGGACGAGGAAGCAAUUAAGCAAAAGCUGUGUGAUGACUUGAAUCAUCUGGUUCAAGAAAGCAAUAAUUCGCAGUUGACGAGGCUCGAAGAACUAAAACGAAGAAUGGAAGCUUUGAAUUCAAACCGAGUAUCAACCUCUGUUUCUCAAGUUACACAAGAAGGCCAAACAAUGGGAAGUGCUCAGAACAGCAGAGUUGCAGAUUCUUCUGGAGUUGCUACAUCAACAGAAACAACAGGUGCAAAAGCAAAUGAAAGUGCACGUAUUCAAGCAGUCAGUGGUGAUGCUCCAGUGGUGAAUGGCCAAAAUCAAAAGGCAUCUUCUGAGACAGAAGUAAGAGGAAAAAAGAAAAACCAGUUUCAUGGAAGAGGGAAGGGAAUUGGAGCAGUGCCUAAAGGAAGAAGCUCUGCAGACUCUGGGUGGACUGGCUCUGGGUUUGAUGUGGAUGGUAGGGUAUAAGCCUAAGCUCUAUACUAUCAACUUUCCAAUUGUCAAUAUCAAUAUCAAUACUCGAUCAACUGUCAGAAUGGUUCUUUUAUUUAAACAACACCAAAAGAAAAAUAAGUUUAUUAUAGGGUGGAAUAGGAACUAUACUCUUAGCCCCCAUUUUUAUAGUGUUCUUAUUUAUGCUUCUUGUUCAACUUGUUCCUGAAAGGUUAGUGUUUUCUGUACUGUCACUAGCUUGCCUGUUGAGUUGAUUCUUCCAUUAAUGAUAUUUGACCAAACUAAGUUCAA